AAAAGUCCCGUCGCAAGUUGCAGCGCGGUGUUUGGACCCUCAAACUUCAAACUGGAGGUAGUCUACGGCUCUACGCGGAACGAACCGUUACGAUGGAUGACUCAGCGGGCGCUUCCACGACCGGUGAGAAAUCCAUGCAUUUCGAACACAUGCAGUGGAGAAUGGAGAUUGAGCGAGACGCCGCCCAUUCUGCUCAGUGCUCGCUUCGCUUGCAUGGCAUGGCAUGGAUAAUAAUACCUAGGCGGCUACCAGGCACACUGCAGAUACAGGUAGCCGCAUGGUUGGACACCGUCGUCUCCCGCCAGCAGCAUCUCCAGCGUAUCGCCUCAGCAGUCGCCUCAGGAAGCGCCUUCACGGCUUCAACUCCAGGUGGCUCCCGUCUCGUAGGCCCGUAUGGACUCCCGUCUCGCAGCGUGGUUGGAAUCCCGUCUCGUAGGAUUCUCGGCUCGAAGGAUUUCCGCC